AUGGAGCGGGGCGGGGGCGGCGGCGAGCCCGGGCUUGGCCCCGGCCCCCAGGGGCUGGGCGGGGACUGCGGGGAGCCGCUCCCGGAGCGCCCCCUCAGCGCCGAGCGGCCCCGGCGGGGAGCCGAGGCCCCUGCUGAGGGCGGCGGGGAGUCGGGGAGCGGGACGGGGAGCCCCGCGGCCGCGGGGGGAGCCCCGGGGGAGGCUCUCGGUGGCCCCCGGACGGAUGCAGGGCGGGGAAGGGGCGGCGGGGAUGGGCGGCGGGGCAGCGCGGAGGAGCCGCGGGGAGCCCCCAGGGCGAGGGCGGGCGUGGGGGGCUCCCCGCACGGCUCCCCGCACGGUCCCGGUGCCGGUAUCACGGCGGCACAGCCCCGCGGGGAGCCCCCGGGGGUGUUGCCCCAGGCGCUGAGGGUCCCCCUGGUGCUGCGGCCGCUGCCCGCCGCCGGCCGCCUGCAGCUGCAGGGCCCGGUGCCCGCCGAGCUGCUCCGCCUGCCCCAAGUGCCCCUGGAGCAAGUGCCGCUUAAAAUGCAGGCGUUGCUCGAGCCGUCGGUGAAAAUCGAGACCAAAAACGUGCCCCUCACUGUGCUGCCCUCCGACUCAGGAAUGCCAGAUACUCCAUUUAGCAAGGACAAAAGUGGCCACGUAAAGCGUCCAAUGAAUGCAUUUAUGGUGUGGGCUAGGAUUCAUCGGCCUGCUCUAGCCAAAGCUAACCCGACUGCCAAUAAUGCAGAAAUCAGUGUUCAGCUCGGGUUGGAGUGGAGCAAACUGAGUGAAGAGCAGAAACAGCCCUAUUAUGAUGAAGCUCGGAAAAUAAAACAAAGGCACAGAGAGGAAUUUCCUGGUUGGGUUUAUCAGCCACGACCAGGCAAAAGGAAGCGUUUUCCACUGAAUGUCUCUGGUCUACUUUCCGGCACCACUCAGACUAUCAUCACUGCAAAUCCAGCUGCCGUUCUUCCCUUCCAAUCACCUGGGUACUCUGUUGUCAUCCCCACCGUUCAGAACAGUAUUGGACAUCCAGUCUGUGAAGCUCUUUCUGCCAUCCGUCUGCCAGCUUCUUCUGUUCAACGUCCAGGUCCAAUGACUCUUUUCCAGUCUACUUUUGCGAGCACCACAUCAUUGGCAGUUCCAGCUCCAACCCUGCCCCUGCACCCUGUAAUUGCAACACAGCACUUUGCUGAAUCUGUUCAGACAGAAGCUUGUGAUGUAUCUUCUGGAUCCACCUGCUCUCUGAAGAGACUUACACCAGUUUUUGUUGAGAGCUCCAGUAGAAACCCAAGUAACACAGUCACUGCUCAUGGCAGAUUUUCCGUUUCUACCAUUGAGCUCCCAAAGGAGUACUCAGGGCUUUCUGCUUGUCCUAGAGGAGUACCUCUUUCCCAAGCUACUCCUCUUCCUCACUCACAUCUCUAUGAGAGUCCUCCCAUUGGGCAGCCAGUUCAUCUGUUUGGAGCACCUCCUCGAUUUUCAUUUCAUCACCCUUACUUUGUACCUGGACCUUACUAUUUCCCCUCAAGCACGUGCCCAUUCAGCCGGCCUCCAUUUGGCUGUGGGAAUUUCUCCAGCUCAGUGCCAGAAUGUCUUGGCUUUUAUGAAAACAGGUACCAGAAGCAGGAGAUGAAGUUUUCGGUUCUGGACAGAGACUAUCCUUUCAGGGAAUACCCAGAGGAAGUCGUACACGAGGACUCACACAACUGUGAGAGCCUUGAGGAAGUGACCUGUCACAGCAGCCACGGUGAGGAGGAAUGUGUAAGCCCCAUACCACAACUGGACAUUGGAGCAAUUGAGAAAGUUUUGUCAGCCACCCCACCUACUCCUUCCAGCAUCCAGCUAAUCAAUGUGACUGACAGUGAGGAGGAGGAAGAAGAAGAAAAGGUGUUGCGAGAGCUGUAA